AUGUUCAGCCUUCCUGGUGAGGUUGAACAGAGUAGCUACAAGCACGGAUGCAUACAACAACUUCGACAGUACAUAGAAAAAUACCCCUCUUUAUCGCAGCCACCGAAAUUACCCACAUCAUUGGACUUCACCCUGAACGUUACCGUGGAUCCGGAACAUGCAUUCCAACUGCACAUCCAACUGCCGUUAUCACGUCCAGACAGCCUUACGCAUGAACAGAACGAGGAUCUCGAGGAGCCGCCACCGCCAAUUGUCCUAUUUCGCUGCCCAACAUGGAUGAGCCGCAAAGCUCAUUCCGAGCUGGUACAACGGAUGCCAAGCGGCAGUCCUGACGCCGUGCUUGAAACAGUCGAUUAUCUGAAGCAAGAAUGCAGCCUCUAUCUCUCCGGUCCCCCAACCUCGGCUUCUCCAUCGAGAAGACAGCAAAGUCACUCCCCAAACCGGGGCCUAGUACGCGUCUGGUUUUAUCUCCAAUCUCUCUCCACACGUUCCAAGCGUGACGACAUGGUGAACUGGGCGUCUAGCUACAAGCUCACUGGAGUCGUCCUCGCUGGUAAACCUGGUAUAUUGUGUCUUGAAGGCCACCCCGAAGACAUCGAUGCAUACAUGUCCGAGAUCAAGACAAGGAGCUGGUCAGAUGUGCCGUCGCAUCAAAAGAAGAUUUCAGAGCGGUUUAGAGAAGACGGCCCAGACGUCAAAAGGGUCUUUGAUGAUAUGCGCGAAGUUACAGGCGACAUAUCAAAGGGCGGCCACAGGGGAAACCGAGGUGAGAUGGGCGAGGUGCGGGCGUUGUUUGACAAGGUUGGGUUGGGAGACGUGUUUGCUGAAGUUUUGGGACUAUGA